AUCCUCUCUAAAACCCUAACUCCCCCUGGCGACUGUAAGAUCCACUCCAUCCAUGGAUCCCAACACUUCUUCAACAUCACCAGAAAUUUCAUACCUCAUGAAUUCUUGUGGAUUAUCAGAAGAAAAAUCUCUCGCUGCAUCCACACAACUCAAAUUCAGUACCAAAUCAAAUCCAGAUUCAGUUCUCAAUCUGCUCAAAUCAUACGGUUUCACUAAUCCAGACAUCACCAGAAUCAUCAGUAAGAGACCAAAACUACUUUUAUGUAUUGUUUCAAAUCUUGAACCCAAACUUGAUUACUUCUUUUCUAAACAGAUUUCGGAUCUUGAAGUUAUCAAGUUGUUAUGUAAAAAACCAUAUUUACUAGUUUAUCGUUUAGAAAACAAAAUAAUUCCUCUUUUUGAUUUCAUUAAGAACAUUGUUGGUACUGACACAUACGUAUUCAGCGUUCUUCUAAAAAUGUUUCCGAAGGUUUUUAUAGGGUAUUUUAGGAAAAUGAUAGAUGGCAACUUUAAGGUUUUGAAAGAUGAAGGUGUUUCUGAAAUUAGGAUAGUGAAAUAUUUUAGGUCUAGUCCCCGGGUUUUUCAGGUGGAAAAUGAUAGAUUCAAAGAGGCAGUGCAAGAGGUUAAGAGGAGGGGUUUGAACCCUCGUGAAUACAAAUUUCUUGAUACUGUUCGUUUUUUUGUGAGUGGAGCGGAUUUUGAAGAAAAAAUGAAUGAUUAUAGGAAAUGGGGUUGGACGGAUGAAGAACUUGAAUUUUAUUGCAAGAAAUAUCCGAUAUUGUAUUUUGUUUCUGCAAAGAAAAUAAAUGCUGUAAUGGAUUACCUUGUGACGGAUAUGGGUUAUAGUCUAUCUGAUUUUCGUAGGAAUCCUUACAUUUUUCGUUAUAGCUUGGAGAGGACUCUUAUACCAAGGCUUGCUGUCUAUCGAUAUUUAAUCUCCAUACAUUUCAUCGAGCCAUGUAGCUGGUACACUCUUCUUGACUUUUCCGAAGAUGCUUUCUUGAAGAAGUAUGUGAUCGAGUUUGAAGAAGAAAUUCCCGAGGUUUGGCAGAUAUAUAAGCAGGCAUUUAAGGGAAGUGUCAUGGAGGAAGGCGUGCAAGGUAGUACUAUGAAGAAUGAAGAGGUGGAUAAGUCUCAGGAGGAAGAAGAGAUUGCUGCUGUCCCCUUGGAUGAGAAAGUAUUAGAAGAUAGUCAAGCAAGUGUGCUUAAGAAGAAAGUUGGUUUAGAUGAGGUAGAAGAAUUAAAGAAAGCCAAAACGCCUAGGAAGGUUUUAAAAAAGUCAAAGAAAAAAGUAGAGGAAGUGCAAAGUAGUGCUGCAAAGAAGGGAGAAGAGGAUAAGUCUAAUGAGGAAGGGGAAAUUGAUGAAGCUCUUGUGGUUGAGAAAGUUGUACAAGAUAGUCAAGCAAGUGUGAUCGAGAGGAAAGUUGCUUCAAAUAUGGUGGAAGAAUCGAAGAAAGCCAAAGGGCCUAGGAAGGUUUUAAAAAAAAAGUUAAAGAAAACAGUGGAAGCAGUGCAAGGUGGUGGGAAGAAGGAAGGGGAGGAUAAGGCUAAGGAAGAAGAAGAGACUAGUGCUGUUUCUAUGGUUGGUAAAGUGUUAGAAGUUACUCAAUCAAGUGUGCUUAAAAGGAAAAUUGGUUUAGAUAAGGAGGAAGAAUCGAAGAAAUCCAAAAGGUUUAAGAAGGUUUUGAAGAAGUCAAGAAAAAAAGUGGAGGAAGUGCAAAGUAGUUCAGCGAAGAAGUAUGAUGUAGAAGUCCCUGAGCUGUUGCAGGCAUCUAUUAGGCCCGUCACGGAGGACUCACAAAAUGAAGAAGUAACAUUUUUUCCAGAAGGGGCUACAGAGAGUGUAUCAGCUCUACCAAAGGUGGCGAAAGUCGUUCACAAAAGUAAAGUUGGUGAACCUAAGAAGAAAGCUUCAUCGAGUGAUCUUGUGCACCAAAAGGAAAAGUUGGAGGAGGAGGAAGAACUAAAGAAAGCCAGAAGACCUAAGAAGAUUUUGAAAAAGAUAAAGAAAAAAGUGGAGGUAGUGCAAGGUAGUGAUGCGCAGAAGGAAGAAGAGGAUAAGUCUGAGGUAGAAGAAGUCGGUGCUGUAUCUAUGGUCGAGGAAAUAUUAGAAGAUGGUCAUGCAAGUGUGCUCAAGAGGAAACUUGUUUUAGAUACUGCGGAAGAACCUAAGAAAGCCAAAAGGCCUAAGAAACUUUUGAAAAAGUUAAAGAAAAAAGUUGAGGAAGUUCAAGGAAGUGCUACGAAGUAGGAAGAGGAAGAUAAGUCUGAGGAGGAGAAAGCCGCAAGGACCUAGCUAGCUCGAAACCAGUAUAUAUCAGAUAUUCACUCUCCAACGGAGAAAUGGUAUUAGGUCUUGAAGUCUUUGGAUGUUAACGGGAGCUACACUGUGAAUUGAAGCAAAACUCCAGAGCCAGUGAUAGGACACAAAAAUGUUGUUAUGAAAGAGCUGUAAAUUCCUCGCAAGGCUUAUACUAGUCAUGCGUCCACUUGAGGUUGUAGACAAAGAUCCCCAAGAUGAUGAAGCUCACGCAAUUGCAAUCACCAUGUGGAAAAUGAAAUACCAUGAAAUGGUUUACUUAUUUCUCAGUACAGGUGCCGUCCUUGAGAUCUUGAGACAACCUGGCGAACAAAUGCAAAUAUUUCUCAGUACAAAUGCAACCAUCAGGUGCCGUCCUUACAUCUCAAACUGUAAGGAUUUGGAAUACAUAUAUUUACAUUUACAUGGUUGUUUGAUCUUGAGACAACCUGCCGAACCGAAACAUCUUUAGUAGCUCGAGGAAAAGAAAGCAAAAGUGACUAAGGGAUUAGUGGCUAACGAAAUGGGUGCAGCCUAAACCGUGAAACGGGGUUUCCUAUCCUGGCUCUAGUAAAGGUAAGGUAUGCAUAAAUUCUCUUCUUCACUGUGACUAUACUACUGCCUCUACUGUCUGUACUUCGUAUUCUCCUGUCUGGGUUAGCAACUUCUUAUUUGCUUGGAACUUUUGUACUGCUAGAAAGGAUGUAUUUGUUCCAGUAAAAAAGAAAUCUAUAUGAAGCUGUUUUCUCUAAAAAAACAAAAUUCAGUGUUUCAGAUUUGGGUUGAGUAAAUUCCUUGUAUUAUGGAACUACCUCAGAGAUAGCGGGUUCUUUUAUUCUGCAGAUUUGGAUGGUGGAAUUGUUUACAUUGCA